AUGUACUCAAUAAACCCCAGGAAGCUGACCAGGUCUGUAGCGGUAGAUGUGCCUAGUAAGAUUCCAGUACCACUUGGUAUCUGUGUUUCCAGAACCAAUUCCCGGUGCAACCACAAGAGUCUGAUUUGGCGCAACCAGGUCUUCGUAGACGUGCUUGAUAGUGCCUGCAAAAAUGUCCCAUUCUUCAUCGUUGAUCGGUGUUACUGGAGCAGGUUCCAGCAACGAGACAACAUUCACCAGGCAGUGACCUUGGGAUUUUGGAUCAAGGAUCUUUUCGUCUCCGUUUAG